CUUUUACAAUCACUCCAACUUGGCAAACGCACAUCAUAGUCUCUUGUAUAAAUUGAGAGCAGCCACCAUGGUCGCCAUUUCCCACGCAGUCCUCUUCGGCAUGGUCGCCAGUUUCAGUGCCCUCGUGAGCGCAGACAACUGCAAGCCUCGUCUGUUUUACUGCGGAACAACCCUUUUGCGUAAAGGCAACUAUUACGACCAAAUCGAGGGGGCCCUGAAAGCUAGUGGGCAGUCGACCAACGAUGCGCACAUUCACAAUGGCUUGUUCUAUUGUACUGGAGGACCGAAUGGCGAGAUUACCUUUCAGGCUUUUUGUGGUAAUGGGUGUGUGGAUGGUGGGAAUGGGAAGAGUGAUCAUUGCUAGUCGCUGCUUGUGACAUGGAGAGAGAGGUUGUAUCGAUGUUGAUCGGAAACGGACAGGUUGUAUCUUGAGGUUGAUCGGGUUUGGAUGUAGGCGAAAUGAUGAACGUGGUUGAAGUA